AUGCUCGACGCCACCGCCGAGCGCAAACAGGCCGCCAACUUCCCCGAAGCGCCGCUGCUCUGGUACUCGCUCGCCGUGCUGGCGCGCGACGACCUCGACGCCAAGACCUGGGAAGGCCUCAACAAGCAGGGCGUGCGCAUUGCCGUGCCGCAGGCCUCGACGAUGGAUCGCUGGGCCACCCAGCACACGCCCAAGGCCGACAUCCAGCGCUUCCCCGGCAACGCCGAGGCGAUCGCCGCCUUCCAGUCGGGCCGCGUCGAUGCCGUUCUUCUGUUCCAUCCGCCGCUGCUGGCCGCGCGCCAGCGGCUCGGCAAGGGCAAGAUUGUGGUGCCGCUGCCCGCCGAAUCGCAGCCGUCGAGUGCUGCGCUGCGCAAGGGCGACACCGCCUUCACCGAAUGGGUCGAUAAGCAGUUCGCCGACUACUACAAGAGCGGCCAGACGCAGAAAUGGUACGAAGCCGCGAUCGCCGACUUCGGCCUCGAUCCCAAGUCCGCGCCGCCGGUCAUGAAGGAAAUGAUCAAGUAG